AUGACCGAUUACCGCAAUACUGUAUCUCGCGAUAGACUUGCAGAAUUCCGAAGGAACUCGAAUAACUUUGACGAUAAUGUGAAUGCUAAUCAGCACGGUAAUUACUCUUAUCAACCUGCUGUACAACAAUACCAACAUCAGUACCAGCAAUCAACGUUUGAUCGCCGUGAUUUACAACCUUAUUACAAUGGCCAUGCAACUGCAUAUCAGGCACCCUCACAGCUAGCAUCCACUUUUGCGUAUAGCAAUUACAACCGACAUGAAAAUAUCAUAGCACAGCCCAUUCCAACUGAUUUCAAUGAGAAACAAAGCUCAAUCGCAUCCACAGAGGCCUUUUUUGUAAGGGUGGAGAACAUCAAAUGGCUAGUGGGAAAGAUUAAUGAAAAUGUAACUCAAGUUGAGUCAUUGCAAACGGCUGCAUUGUCGAGUAUCAACGGUGAGAAGGCUAGUCAAGUCAACUUGCAAUUGGAACAACUAGUCCAUCAGACGAGUAAACUGAAUAAUGAGGCAAAAGAGCACAUUCAAGCUUUGGAAUUGAGCAAUGCUAAAAUAGCCUUGAAUGCUAGUGAUGCUCAAAUGAGGAGGACACAGUUGCAAGCCUUGAAGAGGAAAUUUAUCGAAACGAUUCAGCGUUAUCAAGAUAUUGAACGCACAUUUGAAAAGAGACAACGACAGCGCAUUGAAAGACAAAUCUUGAUCGUAAAACCAGAAGCUACACCUCGAGAGAUUGAGAAUGCCAUCGAUUCCAAUGAUGCGCCUCAUAUAUUUGCGCACUCUUUGCUCAAUUCUAGUAGACUGAGACACUCGGCACAAGUGUUGGAUGAAGUCCAAACUCGUCAUAGAGACAUAAAGAAGAUUGAAAAGACGAUUCUGGUAACUCAAUUCAAGGCAAUGUAG